AUGGACAACGACGAAAAGGUCAAACCAGUCCCGAUUCAUAUCCGCGAUAACGUGGACAUGGAUAUGUUUCUGGCAAUGCGUGUAGAUUUGCACGAGCUGAAGUUAUAUGUAGUCCCACUUCCAAAACACAUGACUCUCCAAAUAGAUGACUUCAGCGUCAUCCCGGUGAACCAUGGUUUUGCAUAUGCCGAGUUGGUUAAGGGUGAUGGGAAGGAAAGUAGUGGAAGUGUUGAGAGAGUUCAGUCACCAGCCGGCAACAUCGUCCUCACAUAG